AUAUAUGGUGUCGUGUGCACAAUAUUGCAUGUUUAUUUCAGCUCCCGGUUGUGUGUUUAUGACAUAUUUGGGAUUCAUGAUAGCAAUAGGAUCAGAAACGGUUUAUGUUGUACCUCAUAGCAGAGUUGAGGGAUCUUUUGCAUUGUUUAUAACAGCAGUGGUAUAUUGAAUAAUUUAUAACCAAAAGUUAUAUGCUAUAUUCUUUGCAAUCAGUUAUAAUAAUGAAUACUCUCAAGUAUAAAGAUAGCAGAAUGUAGAUGAAUGGAUUAAUUCACAAGCAAUCAGAGAAGCUGAAAUGGAAAUGUAAGACCUUCCAAAAGAAAAACCAUUAGAAUAAUAAUAAUUAGUAGAUUAACAAUGAUAUAUUAAUUUUAUCAAAAAACC